AUGCAGUUGAUUGACUAUAUGAAGUAUAUAGACCUCGCCUGUCGCAUCGCAUUUGUACCACGCUAUCGAUGGAUUGGAGGGCCAAGAGAUAGAGAUAAACAAACAACAGUCAAACAAAGCUUUUUCCUGUUUGGAGUUGCUUUUAUGGUCUACCAGAAUUUCGGAGUAAAUAUGUAUUGGUUCCUGUUUGGCAGAAAUGAAAAGGAUAUGGAUAAGUUCGUGACACAACUUUCGGAAACGUGCGGUUCACUUAUGCUAGUCACUGCCGCAUGCUCAUUUGUAUGGACACUCACAAGAAACCGAUCCAAUAUCGAGGCGGUGUUCGCAGAGCUCCAAGCGCUGAGUUACAGACCAGAAGAUAAUCAGGAUCGGUGCCAGCACUACCACGAGAUGGCGAUCUUUAUAAUGGAGAUUAUGUUUAAAUUUUACAUCAUAUUUUAUGUGUAUUACAAUACAGCGCCACUUCUUUUGCUCAUGUGGGAGAAUCUGAUGGAUAAGGAUAUAUCCUACAAAAUGCAAGCCAAUAUGUGGUUUCCCUGGAAGAUUCAGGGUUCAGCAUUAGGUUUUGGCAUCGGUGUUAUUAGCCAAGCAAUGGGCUCGAUUGUGGGCGUUGGCUUCACCAUAAAAGUUCUGUGUUUAAACUGCAUAUUUACUUGGCAAAUUAAACUGCACUGUGACGCCUUAUCAUGUCAGCUACUGUCGCUCAACUCUAGCAGUCCAGAAUCACAUUGGAAAUUAAGGUCUUUGAUUGCCUAUCAUUGGCGUAUCCUUGAGAUUGGGGAGCAGUGUAAUCGGAUCUUGAACCCUAUUUUCCUGACCAGCCAAAUUUUCUCAGCUAUUGCCAUUUGUACGACGAGUGUGGCUGUUCUUCUGCUCGAUCUGGCAUCUGCCAUCAAAUAUGUCAGUGGCCUUGUGGCAUUCGUCCUCUACUACUUCUUCAUUUGCUACAUGGGCACCGAGGUUACUAGAGCGAUAAUGUCAUAA